UCACCCGGAGGCAAAUAUUCCGCCUGUGAUGGACCCUCGGAAUACUGCUAUGUUAGGCUUGGCUUCCGAUUCUGAAGGGUUUUCUGGGAAAAGCCCCUCUGUGGCCAACCUUGGCACGUUGGUGGGCAAGGCGGAGGCGGAGGCCGAGGGUUGCAGCAAGGACGAGGAGGACGGCAAGAAGAAGGGCCGGGAGGGGCCCGGCGGCGGCGGCGGCGGCGGCAACGAUGGCAAGGCCGAGGCUCUGAGCGAGGCCCAGCAGGAGUUCUCCGUCAAGGAAACCAACUUCUCCGAGGGCAACCUCAAGCUGAAGAUCGGCCUGCAAGCCAAGAGGACCAAAAAGCCUCCCAAGAACCUGGAGAAUUAUGUCUGCAGGCCCGCCAUAAAAACCAGCAUCAAGCAGCCCAGGAGGGCGCCCAAGGGCGGGAAGAUGACGGAUGAGAAGAACGAGCACUGUCCUCCGAAACAAGACCCUGUAAAGUCCUACAAGAAAGCUGGAGAAGUGGAGUUGCACGUGGAGGAAGGUGUCCAAGCAGAAACAACCCCUUUGGCCAAGAAAGUCCCCCCGUUGCACUCAGAAAUGACGGAUUACACGAAGUCAUCUCCUCCCGCCCUUCUCAGCAGCCAUAACUCGGACGUAAAGGACAGGACGGAGAUGAACGGAGCGACGACCGUCACGGAGAAGCUGGCCCAGCUCAUUGCCACCUGUCCCCCCUCCAAGUCUUCCAAAGCCAAGCAGAAGAAGCCCAGCAGCGGCAGCGCCUCUGCUCUGGUGAAAGACUCCGGGAAGAAGCCGCCAGGAGCCGUCAAUCCCAGCGGGACGGCGGGGAAGGAUUUGGGGAAGAAGCUGCCGGGCUGCGGCGUGGCCGCGGGGCUGCUGAACAAGGACUCAGGGAAGAAGCCGCCGGGGAUCGGCAGCGCGGCCGUCCUGGCCAACAAAGACUCCGGCAAGAAGCCCCAAGGGGUGGGCCCCUUGGUGGGGUUGGUGAGCAAGGACCCCGGGAAGAGGCCCCUGGGGGUCGGCGCUCCCGCUGGGAUGGCCCACAAGGACUGUGGGAAGAAGCAGCCGGUGAGCGGCUCGGCGGUGGGGUUGAUCAGCAAGGACGCGGGGAGGAAACUGCCGGGGAUCAGCGCUCCGGCUGCGCUCGCCAGCAAGGAGCCUCUCAAGAAACCGGUUGGGAUCAACGCUCCAGUAGGAUUGGUUAACAAGGACGCCGCUGGGAAGAAGCUGCUGGGGGUGAACGGUCCUGCGGGCCUGCUGAGCAAGGAUUCCGGGAGGAAGAUGCCGGGGGCCGGGAAUACCACGGUGCUGAGCAACAAGGAGUCCGGAAGGAAGACACCGGGGAUUGGCAGCCCGGUGGGACCGGUUAGCAAGGACUCUGGGAGGAAGAUGCCAGGAAUCAGCAGUCCGGUGGGAUUGGUUAGCAAGGAGUGUGGGAAGAAGCCGGCAGGGAUUGGCAGCCCGGCUGGUUUGGCCAACAAGGACUCUGGGGCGCUGAAGGCAGAUUCCCUCACGCCCACCCCGGAGCCCUUUAAGCUCCCCUGCAAUUCCAGCCUCAGCAGCCUGGAAAGCCACGAGCCUGCGGAUUUACUGAAGGAAAACGCCGCCAGCAAGCCCUUCGAGAAGCACGCCGUGAGGCAGAACAAGGAGAGCCUCCUGGAGAAGUUUUCCAUCCGGAAGGAGAUCGCCGAGGUGGGCAAGGAGAUGUUCGGCGAGGGGAUGUGCGUGCCCCAGGAUUCCUACCCCUCCAGCGAGAAGGGGAUUUACGAAGCGUCCAAGCACGAGAAGCAGCCCCCGGUGUAUUGCACUUCACCAGACUUCAGGACGGGAGGUGCCUCGGAGGUGUCGACGGCCAAGUCCCCGUUCAGCGCGGUGGGAGAGGGGAAUCUCCCCUCCCCUUCCCCCACCGUGUCUGUCCCCACCCUGAGCAGGAGCCUCUCGGCCUCCUCCUCCUCCUCCUCCUCCCAGCUGCCGUCCAACUCCUUGCACUUAAGCUCCACGGCGGAGCUCCUGGAAGGCAUCUCAGAGCCCGUGGGCAAGACCCCCUUUUGCUCUGACAGCAUCCUGGGGCUGAGCAGGACGCUGAGCCACCCCCUCGGCGCCGAUUUUAAAGGUGCCGAGAAAGACCUGAGCGAUUCGAAGGCUUCUUACGUGGAGGCUUCCCGAACUAGCCCUUCCACGGGGAAAAAGCCCCUUUUGGCAGCUGAGACGAGCAUCCACGCCACCGUCACCCCCUCGGUGGUCAGUUUUACCAGCCUGUUCAGCAGCAAGCAGUUCCUGAAGAUCGGCGCCAUCGCUGCGGCCGACAAAUCCUGCCAAGGAGCCAAGAACCUGGGCAGCACCCAGCAGUCAAAGCCCCUGAAGAAGAGAAAAGGCAGGAAGCCCCGAUGGACUAAAGUGGUGUCGAGGAGCACGUGCCGACCUCCGAAGGGCCUGGAGCUGGAGAGGUCAGAGCUUUUUAAAAACAUUUCCUACGGCGCUCUGUCGAGCAGCAACCUGGAGCAGGCCAAGUUCCUGAAAAACAUCGGCUCGUCCUCGUUCGUGGAGCACGAGUUCGUCAAGCACCAGCUGCCCAAGCUGAACGAGGCCGGGGGCCAGUCCCUGGCGCUGCUGGCCGAGGCUGACAAACCAGCCCAGAAGUUCUACGGCGCUCACAAACAGCCCUCGAGCCUCUGUAUGUCGGACGACUUCCUGCCCGACAUGUACAAGCCCAAAAGGGGAAGGUCUAAACCCAAGGAGAUGCCGGAGCUCGAGGGUCCCCCCAAAAGGACUCUGAAGAUUCCGGCCUCGAAAGUGUUCUCGGUGCAGUCGAAAGAAGAGCAAGAGCCUCCCAUUUUGCAGCCUGAGGUGGAAAUUCCCUCCCUGAAGCAGAGCUUAUCAGGGCAGCCUUUCCCCAAAAAGAGAGGGAGACCUAAAAGACAGAUCAGGUCGUCAAUUAAAACGAAACCACCUAUCCUGUCCGUGGCGCCUUUUGUUGGAACGGAGAACUCGAGCAAGAUGGGGCCCGAAAGUGAGCAGCACCGACCUGGGGAGUUCUUUGAGAGAAAGGAGCAGCUCCGAGGGCCUGAGGAGGUCCAAAGCCCCAGCAUUUGCAGCAUGAGCGAUUUGGAAGUGGACUCAGACAGAAAAGUCGCCAAGAGAAAUAACGGACAGUUGAUGAAAACGAUUAUUCGAAAAAUAAAUAAAAUGAAAACUCUGAAGCGAAAGAAACUCCUGAAUCAGAUUCUGUCCAGUACAGUGGAACCAAAUACCAAAGGGAAGAUGCAAUCCAAGCUCCACAACACGGUGUCCACUCUUGCUGCCACGUUCGGCUCGAAGCUGGGCCAGCAGAUCAAUGUCAGCAAGAAAGGAACGAUCUACAUAGGAAAGAGGAGGGGGAGGAAACCCAAAGCCGUCCUGAACGGCCUCUUGGCCGGCAGCGCCGCCGGCCUGACGGUGCUGGAGAAGUCUGCCCAGCAAGCUCCCGGCGCCUCCCUGGGCCAGGUCCUGCCCCACCUGCUGCCUCCCGCGGGGAACCCCUCGGAGGUGCUGCCGUCUCCGGUUUGCUCGCAGUCGUCGGCGGUGAGCGGCGGGCAGAGCCCGGUGAGCAGCGACGCGGGGUUCAUCGAGCCCAGCCCCGUGCCCUACCUGCACCUGCACCCGCGCCAGGGCGGCGUGGUGCAGACCCUGGCCAUGAAGAAAGCGGCCAAGGGCAGGAGGAGGCUGUCCCCGCCCACGCUGCUGCCCAACUCGCCCUCCCACCUGAGCGAGCUGACCUCGCUCAAGGAGGCCACGCCGUCGCCCGUGAGCGAGUCCCACAGCGACGAGACCGUCCCCAGCGACAGCGGCAUCGGCACCGACAACAACAGCACCUCGGACCGGGCGGAGAAGUUCUGCGGGCAGAAGAAGAAGAGGCACUCGUUCGACCACGUGUCCCUCCUGCCGCCCGAGACCUCCACCGUGCUGGGCAACCUGAAGGAGAAGCACAAGCACAAGUGCAAGCGCCGCGGCCACGAUUACCUCAGCUACGACAAGAUGAAGAGGCAGAAGAGGAAAAGGAAAAAGAAGUACCCUCAGCUGCGGGGCAGGCAGGACCCCGAUUUCCUCGCCGAGCUCGAGGAGUUAAUAAGCCGGUUGAGCGAAAUCCGAAUAACCCACCGGAGUCACCAUUUUAUACCCCGGGAUUUGCUGCCCACCAUUUUUAGGAUAAACUUCAACAGUUUCUACACCCACCCCACGUUCCCCUUAGACCCUUUGCACUACAUUAGGAAACCCGAUUUAAAGAAAAAGAGAGGCAGGCCUCCGAAAAUGCGGGAAGCUAUGGCGGAAAUGCCCUUCAUGCACAGCCUCAGCUUCCCCCUCUCCAGCACCGGGUUCUACCCCUCCUAUGGCAUGCCUUACUCCCCGUCCCCCCUGGCAGCUGCUCCCAUAGGAUUAGGGUAUUAUGGAAGGUACCCCCCGACUCUUUACCCUCCUCCACCCUCCCCUUCUUUCACGACCCCCCUGCCUCCGCCCUCCUACAUGCAUACGGGCCACUUGCUCCUCAACCCCACCAAAUACCACAAGAAGAAGCAUAAACUCUUACGCCAGGAAGCUUUCCUCACCACGAGCAGGACCCCCCUGCUGUCCAUGAGCACCUACCCCAGCGUUCCGCCCGAGAUGGCCUACGGCUGGAUGCUGGAGCACAAGCACAGGCACCGCCACAAGCACCGGGAGCACCGCUCCUCCUCGGAGCAGCCGCAGGUCGCCAUGGACACUCUCGCGGCCAACAGCUCCUCCAGAACGGUGCUGGAGUCCCUGAAGCGCUACAGGUUCGGGAAGGAGGCGGUGGGGGAGAGGUACAAACACAAGGAGAAGCACAGGUGCCACAUGGCGUGCCCGCACCUGUCGCCCUCGAAGGGUUUGCUGAGCAGAGACGAGCAGUGGGUCAGGAGGGAGCCUCCCGAGUCCAAUUCCCUGGCGCUGGGCUUGCAGACCCCGCUGCAGAUCGACUGCUCCGACAGCUCCCCGGCCCUGUCCCUGGGGGGGUUCACGCCCGGCUCGGAGCCCCCCGGCGCCGAGGAGCACACCAACCUUUUCACAAGUGCAAUAGGCAGCUGCCGAGCGCCCGGCCCCGCCGGCACCGCCGCCGCCGCCGCCGGCACCGCGCGCAAGAAGCUGCCCGAGAGCCCCGCGCUGUUCGGCGGCCAGGACGCGCCGCUCGGCCGGCCCCUCCGCAAGGAGCCCUCCCUGGAGAAGGCCCUGCAGCCCCUCUCAGGCACUUUGCCAGCCCAGGACAAACCCUCGCAGAGGCAGUCGGAGAGCACGAGCUGCAGCCCUUCCAGGAAGAGAUCCACGUCGGAGAGCACGGCUUCCCCAGGGGUGUCGGUGCCCGCCCGGAGCAGCCGCCUGGCCCCGGCCGAGGACUCUGUGGACACUCUGCUGCAGCGCAUGGCCCAGCAGGAGGGUCCUCCCACCCUGGACAAGAGCCUGGAGGCCGUGAUGGCCAACGUGUCCGUGCCCCCCUCGGCCAGUCCCGCGAGGAACCACUCCAGGGAGAGAGCUCUGGGCAAGCAGGACAGCCUGGUGGCUCCAACCGUUCCCAGCAGCUCCUGCAGCGACAGCAUCUCCCUCCUGUCGGAGCGCCUGCCCGGCACCUACUCCCCCAGGCACCUCAAGAGGAGCGUGGUGGAGGCCAUGCAGCGCCAAGCGAGGAAAAUGUGCAAUUACAACAAGAUCCUGGCCACAAAAAAAAAUCUGGACCACGUCAAUAAGAUCCUGAAGGCCAAGAAGCUGCAGAGGCAGUCGCGGACCGGCAACAACUUCGUGAAGCGGCGGCCGGGGCGGCCGAGGAAGUACCCGCUGCAGGCCGUGGUGUCCAUGCAGGCGUUCCAGGCCCACAGGCUGGUGAGCCAGGAGCUGGAGGACAGGGAGCCCAGCAGCAGCAGCAGCCCCCUGCACCUGGGCCCGGACACCAUCACGGACGUCAUCGAGGCCGUGGUGCAGAGCGUCAACCUGAACCCCGAGCACCGCAAAGGCUGGAAGAGGAAGAGGUGGCUGCCCGAGGAGCAGGCCAGGAAGAGGCACAAGUCUUUGCCUGAGGAUGAACAGGAGAGCAAUAAGAGUUUCUCUGAGGCAGUGGCUGACCCUCCCAGCCCACAGGAUGCCCUUGGGAAGCCACCUGAGCCUGAGAACCCUGAGCAGCCUCUGCCUGCUCUGCCCCAGCGGGAGAAGAAAGCCCCUCGACCCCCCAAGAAGAAGUACCAGAAGGCAGGGCUCUACUCUGAUGUGUACAAAACAACAGAGCACAGCCACAACCUCCUGGAGCCUCUUCCCUGGCCCUGCCCUGACAGACAGAAUGUUCUGGGAGGCUUCUGCUCCCCUCUCUCCCUUCCAGAGCUCAGAGGCCCUGUCAGCCCCUGGCGAGGUGCCCGGAGCCGCUCUCGGGGGACACGUGGGGACGAGCGUGUGCCACUCACCAACCUUUCUGUUCCAGGGAAGUACCUCAGACAAAAGAGAAUCGACUUCCAGCUGCCUUACGACAUCCUCUGGCAGUGGAAACACAACCAGUUGUAUAAAAAGCCAGAUGUCCCACUUUACAAAAAAAUCCGUUCUAAUGUCUACGUGGACGUCAAACCUCUCUCUGGCUACGAGGCCACCACCUGCAACUGUAAGAAACCAGAGGAUGACAGCGGCAAGGGCUGUGUGGAGGAUUGUCUGAACAGGAUGAUCUUUGCAGAGUGCUCCCCCAACACCUGCCCCUGUGGGGAGCAGUGCUGUAACCAGCGGAUCCAGAGGCACGAGUGGGUGCAGUGCCUGGAGAGGUUCCGGGCCGAGGAGAAAGGAUGGGGCAUCCGCACCAAAGAGCCCCUGAAAGCGGGACAGUUUAUCAUUGAAUAUCUGGGAGAAGUUGUUAGUGAGCAGGAAUUCAGGAACCGGAUGAUCGAGCAGUACCACAACCACAGCGACCACUACUGCCUGAACCUGGACAGCGGGAUGGUCAUCGACAGCUACCGCAUGGGCAACGAGGCGCGCUUCAUCAACCACAGCUGCAACCCCAACUGCGAGAUGCAGAAGUGGUCCGUGAACGGCGUUUAUAGGAUCGGGCUCUAUGCACUCAAGGACAUGCCUGCUGGGACUGAGCUGACCUACGACUACAACUUCCACUCCUUUAACGUGGAAAAGCAGCAACUGUGCAAAUGUGGCUUUGACAAAUGCAGAGGGAUAAUUGGGGGCAAAAGUCAACGCAUGAAUGGACUGUCAAGCAAAAGCAACCAGCCUGUGAGCACCCACAGGAGGCCUGGGCGGUCGAAAGAGAAGAGGAAGUCAAAGCACAAAUUGAAGAAGAGGAGGGGCCACAUCCCUGAGGAACCCAGUGAAAGUGUGAACGCCCCGACCAGGCUGACCCCUCAGCUGCAGAUGAAGCCCAUGUCCAACAGGGAGAGGAACUUUGUGCUGAAGCACCACGUGUUUCUGGUCCGGAACUGGGAGAAGAUCCGGCAGAAGCAGGAGGAGGUGAAGCACGUCAGCGACAACAUGCACAGCACGUCCCUCUACACCCGCUGGAACGGGAUCUGCCGCGACGACGGCAACAUCAAAUCCGACGUGUUCAUGACCCAGUUCUCAGCCCUGCAGACGUCCCGCUCGGUGCGGACGCGGCGCUUGGCGGCGGCCGAGGAGAACAUCGAGGUGGCUCGUGCUGCCCGCCUGGCACAGAUCUUCAAGGAAAUAUGUGACAGCAUCAUAUCCUACAAAGAUUCCUCCAGGCAGGCGCUUGCAGCUCCUCUCCUGAACCUGCCCCCGAAGAAAAAAAACGCAGACUAUUACGAGAAGAUCUCUGACCCCUUGGACCUCGCCACCAUUGAGAAGCAGAUCCUGACUGGCUACUACAAAACUGUGGAAGCUUUUGAUGGGGACAUGCUGAAGGUGUUCAGGAAUGCAGAGAAAUACUACGGCAGGAAAUCCCCCACGGGCCGCGACGUGUGCCGGCUGCGCAAGGCCUACUACAGCGCCCGGCACGAGGCGGCCGCGCAGAUCGACGAGAUCGUGGGCGAGACGGCCAGCGAGGCCGACAGCAGCGAGACCUCGGUGUGCGACAAGGACAACGGGCACGAGAAGGACGAGGACGUCAUCCGCUGCAUCUGCGGCCUCUACAAGGACGAGGGGCUCAUGAUCCAGUGCGAGAAGUGCAUGGUCUGGCAGCACUGUGACUGCAUGGGUGUGAACUCAGACGUGGAACACUACCUGUGUGAGCAGUGUGAGCCUCGGGCUGUGAACAGGGAGGUGCCCAUGAUCCCUCGCCCCCACUAUGCCCAGCCUGGCUGUGUUUAUUACAUCUGCCUGCUGAGGGACGACCUGCUGCUCCGCCAAGGUGACUGCGUGUACCUGAUGAGAGACAGCCGCAGGACCCCCGACGGGCACCCCGUGCGCCAGUCGUACCGGCUGCUGUCCCACAUCAACAGGGACAAGCUCGACAUCUUCCGCAUCGAGAAGCUCUGGAAGAACGAGAAGGAGGAGCGUUUUGCCUUCGGCCACCACUAUUUCCGUCCGCACGAAACCCACCACUCCCCGUCCCGCAAGUUCUACCACAACGAGCUGUUCCGGGUCCCCCUCUACGAAAUCAUCCCCCUGGAGGCUGUGGUGGGCACGUGCUGCGUGCUGGACCUCUACACCUACUGCAAAGGGAGGCCCAAGGGGGUGAAGGAGCAGGAUGUGUACAUCUGUGACUACCGCCUGGAUAAGUCAGCUCACCUCUUCUACAAGAUCCACCGCAACCGCUACCCCGUGUGCACCAAGCCCUACGCCUUCGACCACUUCCCCAAGAAACUCACUCCCAAGAGAGACUUCUCACCUCAUUACGUGCCAGACAACUACAAGAGAAACGGAGGCAGGUCAUCCUGGAAAUCAGAUCGCUCAAAACCACAGAUCAAGGACUUAAACCAAGAGGAGGAUGCUCUGCCCCUCAUGGAGGAGGUGUUGGGAGCCCCAGAGCAGGUGCCAGGGGAGCUGCCCGGCCCCGAGGAGCCCGACAAGGAGCCGCUGCCCAGCGAGGGCUGCGAGGCAGAGAAGAAGGGGGAGGAAACCCCCUCGGACACGAGGCAGCUCUGCAGCCCCGAGGAGAGGAGGCACCUCCAGAGGGAGAGGCUGAACCAGAUCCUGCUCAACCUCUUAGAGAAAAUCCCAGGGAAAAACGCCAUCGACGUCACCUACCUGCUGGAGGAGGGGUCGGGCAGGAAACUCCGGCGCCGCACCCUGAGCAUCCCCGAGAGCACCUUCAGGAAGUGACACCCGAGGUCUGGGGGGCUGCGUGUGACUUGGUGGGGCUGCCGAGCCCCGAGGGGCCUCCCCCGACCUCCCUCCGCGCCGGCCCAGGGGGAGG